GGUUCCGAUCCCUGGGUUGUCUCGCCAAACCCCGUUGCCGAGCCGGAUUGAGUUUGAUCUUUAUUUAGAAGGGGAAAAAAGGCCAGGGGAGCAACAGUCGCAUAGCUGACAACCUCCUCUCAUCCAACAUCCCCCUUUCGAUCACAAACGUAGGGAAACCCUACUAGAUCACCAACAAACCCGACAUAUUCGACGACUCGACGACAAACAUGCUCGGAAACUUUGACUUCGACCCGGAAUACGUCCCCGGCGUCAAGCUCGGUCUGCACAUCUUCCAGUUCAUCCUGUCCUUCGCCAUUUGGGCGUUGGAAAUUGCAGUGUUUAGAGCCGAUAACGCAAAAAUUGUCGGCAACAAUGGCUGGACUUUUGGAGUAUGCUUCCUUUCGCUACCAGCGUGGAUUUACCUGAUUAUGGCGCCGCGGUGGCCGAGAACGAGAAAACUGGCCAACCCCUACGCUAUGGCCAUCGUAGACGCAUGCUUCUGCAUCAUCUGGCUUUCUGCUUUCGCAAGUCAGGCCGCCUACAACACAGCCAAUCAGUGCGGUGACGGCUGCAAGCUCAGCAAGGCCAUUGUCGGCUUGGGUGUUUUCGUGUGCCUUCUUUUCGGCGGCAGCACCUUUGUCAGUCUGUACACCCUCAAGUACUACCAGUUUCACGGCAAGCUCCCCGGCUACGACAAGGAGAAGCUCGGCGGUGACAACAUCGACCCCGACAAGGCCGCCUUUUCCAUGGCACCCCACGACGAGGAGGCAUACGCCCCCGUCCAGAUGGACGAUCACAACGACGACAACACAACGCUCUACGGCGGCAACGCCACCGGCAACCACGGAUACGCCAACAACAGUUACAACAGCCGCUACGGCGCAGGCAGCUCGGCCUACGGCGAGGAUGACGACCCGAACCGCUACGGAUCCCUCCCCUCGCGCCAAAACGGCGCCAUGUUUGACAGCGAGACCGAGUACCACUCCCAAACCCAUCCUCAGAGGCCCACCUCCACCAGCCCCGCGGCGGCGGUACAACCGUACUCCGCCCCUGAGCCGUACGGCGCAGCACCCGCUUACGACGACGACCGGCCCGCGCAGUUUCCCUCCGCGCCCUACGAUCGCACGAUGCAUUAAGACGAAGAUCCUAUUCUUUCAGCGGGAUAGUAAUCUGGUGUGAGGGAUUCGUGAUGGCAGGGCCACAACCCGAGCAAAACUUGGCCCGGUUUUGGUUUGACGAAGAGGAACGGACUGUGCUGUCCAGUGUUCACAUAGAUGGGCUUGGAUUUUUAUUUUCCGGAUUACGGGGUGUUGUUGGCGUCCCAUUUGUAACAAAGGUAAUCGAAAAGAUA